GGUACGUGCAAUUGAUUGGGUGUCGGCGCGGAUUCCAGCUCGUCCGUUCGCCAGCUACGUCGUCGCUCACACCCAUGCUGACCCUCAUGGCGCUAAGCCGGUGACGCGGGGCUUGUCCGACCACCUCGACCUCCAGCUCGGUCAGCUCUUGUAGCCCCAACAACACAAUCGUUCCAAUUUCUCUAUUGACACUCAUUCUACCAGCCCCUGUGCCAGCACCGCCAUGUCUCGCCGAGACGACGACCUGGCGUACGGUGAGUACAAUGCCCAAGAAGGGCACGAGGGCGAUCGCGGCCUCAUAGGCGACAUGGGUCGGCGUUUUGGCUUUGGCAAAAAAGAGAAUACCCAGCCUCAGUCUUCAUCCUCACAGCAAGGUGGCGGUGGCGGCGGCAUGUCGUUCUUCAAGAAACUCCAUGAUCCUCUUCAUGGGUUCGUCUCCGAUCUCAAAGAUGCCAUAAGUGGCGACGACAACAACAACAACAACAACAACCAGCAGAAACCCCCAGCGGGAACAAAUGAGCAGACGGGACAGCCUGCUGCUGCCCAAGAAUAUCAUCAGCAACAUCGCUUCUCCAGCUUCGCCCCAGAACGACAUGGCAAUGAGACCAAGUGGUAUGUCGAUGGGUGCUCGUACAUGUACGCAGUAUCCAUAGCUCUCGAGCGCGCCAAAGAGUCCAUCUGGAUCCUCGACUGGUGGCUUUCCCCCGAGCUCUACCUUCGCCGUCCUCCUGCCAAGAACCAACAGUAUCGUGUCGACCGCAUGCUGCUUGCGGCUGCCGAGCGUGGCGUCAAGGUCAACAUUAUUGUUUACAAGGAGGUUACCCAAGCCCUUACUCUCUCCUCAGCCCAUACAAAACACCACCUGGAAGAUCUCCACCAAAACAUUGGUGUUUUCCGACACCCUGAUCACCUGCCAGACGCCGCAGUGCUGCAGUCAAAUUUCUUCGCCUCUAUGAAGAACAUGUCUUUCACCCCGGCUGCACUCGCUCAACUCCCAGGAGAUGGCCUCAAGGCAAUCUAUGGUGCUCACGAAGGUACAGUCAUGUACUGGGCACAUCACGAAAAGCUCUGCUUGAUUGAUGGCCACAUCGCGUUCAUGGGAGGACUCGACUUGUGCUAUGGCCGAUGGGACACCAACCAGCACGCAAUUGCUGACGCCCAUCCUGGCAAUAUCGACAGGAUUGUCUUCCCAGGUCAAGACUUUAACAAUGCUCGUAUGCUGGACUUCCAGGACGUCGGCAACUGGGAAAAUAACAAGCUCGACAGGACCGAAAGCUCUCGUAUGGGAUGGUCUGAUGUUGCCUUGUGUGUCUCCGGUCCAGUUGUUCAGGAUCUGCGUACUCAUUUUACCCAACGCUGGAAUUUUAUCUACGACGAAAAGUACAGCAAGAAAGCCACCAGAUACGCCAGACUACCCGAUACUAGUAGCGGCGCUCAACAGGCGCCAACUCAACAACGGGAUUUCGAAGGAGAUGAAGGAGAGCGUGGUUUCGGCGGCAACGAAGAGAGUGAUCGAGGAAUUUUCGGCCACGGUGGUCUACGUCAGAAGGUGUACAGUAAGUUUGAUCAGUACGGCCAGGGCCACAGUUCGUAUCAACCUCACCAACAGUCCCAUGCGGAGCACAGCUCGCAGAAGGGUGGUGUCGACUGCCAAAUUACGCGAAGCUCUGCCAAAUGGAGCCAUAACCUGAUCACCACUGAGCAUUCGAUUCAAAAUGCGUACUGCGAGAUCAUUCGCAACAGCAAGCAUUUCAUCUACAUUGAGAACCAGUUUUUCAUAACUGCCACAGGUGACCAGCAGAAGCCGAUCAAGAACAAGGUCGGUGCAGCCAUUGUCGAACGCAUUGUUCGCGCUGCGAGAAAUGGCGAGAAGUACAAGAUGAUUGUUAUGAUUCCUGCUGUGCCGGCUUUUGCGGGCGAUCUGAAGCUCGAUGAAGCACUCGGUACCCGCGCUAUCAUGGAAUUCCAGUACGACUCCAUCAACCGUGGUGGUCACUCGAUUUACGAGGAAAUUGCCAAGGCAGGAUUCAACCCGAUGGAGUACAUCCGGUUCUACAACCUUCGCAGCUACGACCGUAUCAACUCCAGUCAGAUCAUGCAGGAGACGGAGAAGCGCAGUGGUGUUUCCUACACUCAAGCUCAGGAGGGCUUCGAUGCUGCCCACGACAACGCGCGUGACUACCAGGCCUAUCACCCCCCGCCUACUCAGGAAUAUGGCGUAUACGAAAUGGACGGUUCCUCCGCCCCUCAACAGCAGUACGGUGGUGGUCCACAAAGUCAAGGCAGGAAGAGCGACUAUGACCGUUACCAGCAAGAAGCAAUGAAGGUCGGUGGGCGACAAGGCCUUGGCGAUGGACGUUGGGACACUGUCAGCGAGUGUUACAUGCUCGGAGGCGAGGACAUUCGUAAUGUGCCUUGGGAAGGUAGCCCCGAUGCUGAGAUGGAUGCUUUCGUGUCUGAAGAGCUAUACAUCCAUAGCAAGCUCUUGAUUGCUGAUGACCAGAUUGUCAUUUGCGGGUCUGCUAACCUCAACGACCGCUCGCAACUUGGCGAUCAUGACUCUGAGAUCGCGAUCAUCAUCCACGACCCCAAAACGGUAGAGUCUUCCAUGGACGGACAGCCAUGGCGCGCGUCCGAGUUUGCGGCGUCCCUUCGAAGGGAGAUCUUCCGAAAGCACCUUGGCUUGCUCAAACCUCAGGACAUGGAGCGACCAGAUGCCAACUACGAGCCUGUAGGAAUUCCCAACCAAUAUGAUUGGGGUUCGCAGGAGGACCGCCAAGUUGUAGACCCUAUUUCUGACGAGUUCUGGAACCUAUGGAACUGGAGAGCGCACACCAACACACAAGCUUUUGGAAAAGUGUUCCACCCUGUACCCAGUGAUGAGGUCAAGAACUGGAAGCAAUAUGACGAGUACUAUUCUCGCUUCUUUGGCCAGGACCAGAAGGCCAAGGAGAAAAAGAAGCCGUCGUUGUACAAGUGGGGCCACGUUGUUGCCGAAAACUUUGCUCCAGGCGAGCAGGGUGUGCGUGAAGUCAAGGAGAUUCUCAGCACGAUCAAGGGCAACCUCGUUGAGAUGCCAUUGAUCUUCCUGAAAGAGGAAGACAUUGCCCAGGAGGGUGUGGGGCUGAAUGCUCUUACCGAGGAGCUUUACACUUAGUUUAGCGGGCUGGGUAUGGUAUGGUGGCCUGCACCGAUUGGGUUUGGAUAGCUAAAAGCCCAUACUGCAAUGAAUACAAUUGCAAAAUUGUCUUUUCAUAAAGACUGCAAUGUGCAAUAUGCAAAUGUUACAUAUUUAUGUAUGUAUAGCGGUAGUUAUGAAGGUAAAAGUAGUGUAUUCCUGAACGGCGGCGAGGAC